UUCCAGAGAAGCUUCAACUUGUCGAAGGGGAGCGCGCCCCUCUGUUCGCACCUAGUGCGCAGGUCCAAAUAACCUCAUUCAAUCCACGCCUUGGGUCAUCCACACGCAUUUAUGCAUUGGACUAUUCUCUUUAUUACAUACCCAUUCUGUCCUAACGCACAAAUUUCAAAAUUUAGAAUCAAACAUUACAACUCCAGGUGCCAUUCAAAAGUGUUUUAAACUUUAAUAAUGAGUAAGUUACAUGUAGAGGUAACAGUAACAUUGGCCUUUUUUCAAAGAAUAUGUAAGAUCUGAACAAAAAGUGCAUAGUGUGAAUAAAAUGGUAAUUGACGCACAUGUAGAGUCACCGCCGAACGUGGAUGUGCCUGACGAGAAUGACCGCACAAACCACACGUGCAACAAAGUUAGGACUGUUAAGACAUUAGACUUGCAGGGAAUUCUUUGGCAAUGCGGCCUAAGAGAGAUCUGCUUGGCUGCUCUGUGGCUUCCACUUGGUGCUUUAAUAUUUUGUUAUGUGACAGCGUCUAUAUUCCAAGCAGAUGAUAUUCAUGAAACUCACUGUAGGGUUUACAACGUAGUACCCUCAAUAAGUGCGAUUACCGGCAUCAGCCCACAGCGGUACGUGUGGAGGAUAUGCAUAGCCUUCCACCUGGGGCCGAGGCUGCUCAUCGGCUCCCUCUAUUAUAACUACCAUAAGCAGCGGAACGCGCAUAUUAGUGAAGAUGAGGUUAGAUUGCAAGCCACGCAAUUAGGAGAAGCCUGCUACUGGCUCAACUUGGUAGAGCUGUGCGCCCUCACCGGAGUCACAUAUGUUUCCAAUAGGGAAAAUUACUUUGUACACGAGAAGAUAUUCAUAGUGUUCAUGGUAGCCGCGCUCCUGCACAUGCUGUGCCGCGCGCGCGUCGGCAGCAUAGCCAGCGACACCGUGGAAUCGCUGCGGACCAACAAGCUUGUGUGGACGCUGUUCUACGUGGCCAUAGCUGCCACCGUGGGGCUGAUUGUGUUCUUCCUGAGGCAUCGACUUCUGUGCAGGCCUUUAGCUUUCACCUAUUUCUCAGUCUGCGAGUACAUCCUGGCAACAGCCAACAUGGCCUUUCACGCUUUAGUGGUGAGAGAUUUGCCUCUUCACGAGGUGCACGUGGUUUGGCCCACCAACCGGAAAGCAGACUAACAGAAGAGUGCACCACAGUUCCACGUUGGGUGCCAAAUGCAUACUCACCAGAACUCAUCAUGUGUGUUGCUAAUGUACUCCAAGUAUACUCAUAUUAGUAGGUAUGAUAGCACGUUACUGUUAUUGUAUGCUGUCAUGCUUGGCGGGGAAAUGCUUGCAUUUACAUGACUACGCAUGGAAAACUUUAGAGUGUAAUUUUUAAUUAUUUAUGACUGAAUACUUUUGUGAUGCAGUCAGCUUGUAAUGCAGAUAUCUCUUCCAAUGUCUCUCGUGUCGGAUUAUAAUCUAAAUUAUAGUUUUUUCUACUUACUAUGUAUGUAGCAAGCCCCGUGUGUACGUAAGUACCUAUAUGUAGGUACAGUCGAAGGCAAAAAUAUCGAUCCGGACAAAUAGCUCAAAAAUAUGUGAACACGACUUUAUUGUCUAAGGUGUAAGAGCGUACACAUAUUUUUGAAACUUUGGGAAUGUAUAUAUAUUUAUGCCCUUGACUGUACCUGUACCUAUAUGUAAGUACUUCGUUUAUAAGGUUAAGAAAGAUCUCUGCAGAGUACGCGUGAGGUAAUAAAUUUGGCAUUUUAUGCGGUAAAACUUUGAGGCAAAUCAAAUAGCGAUUAUAAUAUACUAGUUGAGAUUUUACUAUUACUGUCUAUUACCGGAGUUAUAUCUAUCUUUGCUAUUACACAGCAUAAUGUACCUCUGCCUAAACUAUAAAAAUUCUCACACUUACAUACUUCUGCUCGGUUCUUUAUAAUGAUAAAAAACCGGACAAGUGCGAGUCGGACUCGCCCACCGAGGGUUCCGUACUUUUUAGAAUUUGUUGUUAUAGCGGCAACAGAAACUAUUACACGGUUCAUGAGAUACAGCCUGGUGACAGACAGACGGACAGAUCGGCGGACAGCGGAGUUUUAGUAAUAGGGUCCCGUUUUUACCCUUUGGGUACGAACGAGAAUUUUAGCUCCUCGGUCAAUAGAUUUUAGUUUUAUUAAAUAUAAAAUUAAAAGGUCCCAUAUCUAUAUGGUCCCAAACAACGGUAACAUUCAUCUGUA